AAUGGGAAACUCUCAUCAGAUUCUUGAAGAACCAAAAGAAACCAUCAACAGCAACAAUCAAAGGAAGCUAACCCUUCUGCCUCUCAUCUUCCUAAUCCAUUUCCAAGCUUCUGGAGGCCCUUUUGGAGAAGAAUUAGCUGUAAAGGCUACCGGACCCUUCUUCGCAAUCCUUGGCUUCCUUAUAUUUCCUUUCAUCUGGAGUAUCCCACAAGCCCUCCUCACAGCCGAGCUUGCCACCACUUUCCCCGGCAAUGGUGGUUAUAUCAUAUGGGCUUCUCAUGCGUUUGGCCCCUUCUGGGGCUUCCUCAUGGGUUCAUGGAAAUUCUCUAGUGGAGUCAUCAACAAUGCUUCUUACCCAAUCCUCUGUAUUGACUACUUGAAACUCUUGUUCCCUGUUUUCACAUCAGGGCUUCCUCGAUUUCUAGCUAUCUCCUCUGCUACCCUCAUCUUAUCUUUCCUUAACUACACUAGCCUAACAAUAUUUAGUUAUGCUUCAGUUGCUCUAGGUACAAUCUCACUCAUGCCAUUUCUGGUAAUGGCUAUUGCAUCAAUACCCAAAAUUGAACCCCAUCGUUGGAUGAACUUGGGUCAACCAGGGAUGAAAAGAGAUUGGAAUCUAUACUUCAAUACUCUGUUCUGGAACUUGAAUUAUUGGGACAACGUGAGUACUUUGGCAGGGGAAGUUGACCAACCCCAAAAAACCUUCCCAAAAGCACUUCUUUCAGCUGGAAUUCUUACUUGUUUGGCCUAUGUGAUCUCUCUUAUGUCCACAACUGGGUCACUUGAAUUGAAUCAAGAGAGAUGGGAUGAUGGGUUCUUAGCAGAAGCUGCAGGCAUGAUAGCAGCUUCUGGGUAUGGCUGAUACAGGAUUCUUGCCAAGAUGCUUCCUAUGGAGAUCCAAAUGGUUUGAUACACCAUGGGUUGGGAUCUUAGUAUCAA